CCGGAGGUCGACGGCACGUCUCUCACAGUUCUCUGGUUCUGUCACCAUCGUCUCGGGCUGGGUCGUCGGAUAUGAGCUCGCCAAAAGUCAUCGUUCAAAUUGCGAUCGCUGGCGCAAGGAUCUUUGGGAGGGCGUUCGCCGCGGCGGGGAGACAGGCGAUACAAAAUGCCAAGUACCGACCACCCGGUGCUGGUGGGGCAGACGUCGCGGGUGUCGGGAAUGCGACCUCUGGCUCGCUGACGGACCGGUUGACGAGGGAACAUAGGAUGACGGCGGACGAGGCGCGGCUUAUCCUCAACGUCAAGAAGGAGGACACGGUUGAGCGGAUCGUCCAGAACUACGAGCACCUGUUCAAGGCGAACUCCCCACCAGAGAAAGCACCAAAGCCCACGCCCGGGAAGCAGCCCGUCCCGACGAACUCGCACUACCUCCAGUCAAAAGUCGUCCGCGCGAAGGAGCGGCUGGAGGCCGAGCUCAAGGUCCCCGAGGAGGAGGCAGCCGCGCCGCCUCCCCCACCGGACGCGCCUACGACCCCUCCGCCCUCGUCAUAGCACCCGCCUCCGCUCUCGCCUGCGGUCGCCCGUUCGCAUUUGCGCGCGGCGACCCUUUGUCUUGCGUCCCCGCACAUACCUUGCUGAUAUCAUAGACCUAAUGCACUGUACAACCCCCACACUAUUAGCAUUAUCCCCCAUUCACCCUCACUC